GUUUUUGUACGAAAUAUUGAAAAAAUUAAUCCAGUCAAGAGAAAAUAUCUAUGUCUGAGCUCUUUAAUACAAAAUGAAUCCAGAAUUCACUGAGCGUUUAGCAAAAGAGAGACAGAAGGUGGAGGACCUCUUUGAGUAUGAGGGCCAAAAGAUUGGUAGGGGAACAUAUGGACAUGUCUACAAGGCUAGGAAGAAGGAAGGAAAUGACAAGAGUGAUUAUGCCCUGAAGCAGAUUGAGGGUACAGGAAUAUCAAUGUCAGCUUGCCGAGAAAUUGCUCUGCUUCGUGAGUUGAAACAUCCGAAUGUGAUUACACUGGAGAAGGUGUUUCUGUCUCAUGCUGACAAGAAAGUGUGGCUUCUAGUUGGCUACGCUGAACAUGACCUGUGGCAUAUCAUAAAGUUCCACAGAGCCAUCAAGAGUGGUAAGAAAGCUAGUGUAAAAGUUGCACCAGGUAUGGUCAAGUCCAUGCUCUAUCAGAUAUUGGACGGUAUUCACUACCUCCAUGCCAACUGGGUUCUACACAGGGAUCUGAAACCAGCCAAUAUUCUUGUGAUGGGCGAAGGCAGUGAGAGGGGGAGAGUCAAAAUAGCGGACAUGGGUUUUGCUCGUCUAUUCAACGCCCCCCUCAAGCCGCUGGCCGACCUCGACCCUGUGGUGGUCACCUUCUGGUACAGAGCUCCAGAACUGCUCCUGGGGGCCAAGCACUACACCAAGGCAAUAGACAUUUGGGCCAUUGGUUGUAUAUUCGCCGAGUUGCUCACUUUUGAACCAAUUUUCCAUUGCCGACAAGAAGACGUUGAAGCGAGCAGCCCGUACCAUCACGACCAACUGGACAGAAUCUUCACCGUCAUGGGAUUCCCUCCAGAGAAAGACUGGGAAGACAUUAAAAAGAUGCCUGAAUAUGGAACAUUGACGAGAGAUUUUGGGAGAAUCAAAUCAAAUUACCAUGGCUGCAAUCUACAGAGAUACAUGUCUAAGCAUAAUACUAAGCCCGACACUUUUGCUUUCCAACUGCUAACUCGAUUCCUGGUCAUGGAUCCGAACAAGAGGCUCACAUCAGAACUGGCCAUGCAGGACCCUUACUUCUCAGAGGAUCCCAAACCCACAGCAGAUGCUUUCGACUCAAUGGUUAUACCUUAUCCGAAAAGAAAGGUCCUGUCAGAUGAUGACCAUAAAGAUGACAAAGACAAGAAGGGAGCUGGUAAGGGAGACAAUGGACCGCCUGGCAAGAGAAUGAAGCUGAACCCGACCACUACGACAUCGUCUGGUCAGAGGCACCAUCCCUCGUCCUCAUUCACUACCCACCACUCGUCACGUGACAGGGGGGGGAACGGGGGGCCGUCAUUCACAACCUCCUCCACCUACCACCACAUGCCCAACCAAAGAUUCUGAACUAUUUUGUUGUUCUUAUUGGUCGUGUUUUGUACUUGAAUUUGCACCAUUUCACUAUAAUUAUUAAAUUGAAGCUCA